CUGUUAGCUGUAGUGCUGCAAAGGACUGGGAAGUCAGUGCUGUUAAGCGAUUCAGAUUAGUUUGAUGUGAAAAUGACACGACCACAAAGCAGCGCAUAAUAAAUAAUAAUAAAGGUGUGUGUAAUAAUAAAUACAAACGAAUAUUAAAUAAUAUACGUGCUUUAAGGCUUUUCGCGAUUGUUGUUAAUGCAAAUGAAGCCUAUACAGCAGCUAAUAGUCGCUGACAGGCUAUUGCUAUCGAUAAAUCUGCAGCUGCUAUUGAAACAAUAACAACAAGCGGAAGCAUUCCGUUCGCUGUUUUCAGCUCGUUCGUAUGUCGAAAACGACCAAAAAGGUCGGUACUGUGCUAAAAAUAGUCGUUUAACCACCCACGCCAAAGAAACGCAUUAAAUUCGGCAACUUUACUUGUCAGUGUGUUGACUUUAAACAGCGAUGCAGAUGCAGAGCAUUAAUAAACUCUGCAGCGACAACAACAACAAAAAUAAUAAUAACAACAUUAUCAGCAACAACAACAGCGAAAGCAACGAUGAUGAGGAAUUUCUGAGCCGCAGUUACAUUGAAUGAGAGUCCUUGGCGUUGCUGCAUGUCACGCCACGCCAACAUGUCGGACUUUGUACCCUGCGUUAUACAGCAAGAUCUAUGGGAGGAGAUACUCCGGCGGCACUGGACGUUCCUCGAGACGGAGGAGAGCAUCAAGAAGCUCGAGGAUCGCAAAAAGCUAGAAGUCUGUCUAAAGGAGUUCCUUUGUGUGGUGUCGCACGACCGCAAAUUCUUUUUGCCGGAGACGGGGCAAGUGCUCCGGAAUACCGUCUGCGAGUUGAAUGAGUUUACGGCACAGAAUGCAAUCGUUGGCUUUGAGGCCAUCAGUCAGUAUGCCAACAAUCUGUUCACCAAGCCCUGGCGCAAGGAAUUUCGCAUGCUGAAAACAUACUCUGGCUCAUAUCAGCAUGAAGUUGAAUCAAAUUUGAUAGAUGCCGAUAGGCUGUUCCUGGCCAUGGGCUAUCAUCGCAUUGCCGAGGAUACGUUUGUCUUGGAGGGACCCAUAUGUCCGGAUCAGGUGACGAACGUCUCUCGAGAUGCCAUGAUCGCCUACGUCGAGUGCCAGAUAAUGAAGCACAUUUACGCGGGACUGAGUGCCGCCGGCUUUAGCUGCAGCUGGCAGGAUAUAUUCCAUUAUCGGGAGCGACACGUGGGCGGGGUAACGCAGACCAUCAAGGAGAUGGCAUAUAGACUGCACGAGAAGCGGCUGCGUAAGGAGCAGCAACAGCAACAACUGCUCAGCACGCCGGAGAAUACGUAUAGCAAUCUGACGCCCAAUCGUUGUGACAAUUGCGUGACGGAAAAGUCUCCGAUGCCGUCUGCCUGUGCACUGCAUGGACAGAGUAAUAACAAUCCCAAUAGUUGUGCAUUGCAUCACUCUGCCAAUCAACCGCCCGCCCCGCCCACGAAUCUCAAUUGCAUGUAUCCGCAUCCGCAGUCGACGGCAGCAUUGAUGACGCAUUCACGCAGCCUGGAGCAUUAUCAGGAGCCGCAUGCAUCGCUGCCGCAUCGCCAUUCGUUUGAUCAGCAUCCCAAAGACUGUGCUGCACUGCAUCCACAGGGACAUUUGUAUGAAGCACCCUACGAUUGCCUUGAUGGCCUCAGCAUGGGCAGCUCCGCUUCCUAUGCAGCUGUUGCCGGUGCCUACAAUGCUCCUGGCAAUCGUUAUCCUCUGCCCUACAAUAUCUCCAGUCAACUAAAUGCACAAUAUGCCACGCCCCUUGAUGGCUAUGCCAAUGCCGAGCAUAAUAAUGCCAAUGUGUAUGCCAGCAUUGGCAAACCGACAACGACAACAGUGCCGCAUAGUUGUGGCUAUCAUGGUGGCAACCAGGUGACGGCUCCCCCCCGACAGGCAUCCAAUGUGGCAGCCAUGGCGGCCAUGCAGCACAGACAGAGCACAUAUCCGCCGGAUCAGCAUCUGAUUGACUUCGAUGAGCGGGCGCAGCUGAUGCAGCACGACUUCAACGAUCCGCGACUUUACGAACCGCGACGUGGUCAGUCAAACAUGUCACGCAGCCAGGGAACAAAGCACAGCAUGAGCAGUGGCGUCUAUGUGCCGCCACGAGAUGCAGUUCCAUUGGCUUAUGCUGGCUACGAUUUGCCAACGACUCUGCCGCAACCUACUCCCCAGGAUAUGUAUGUCUAUGCUCGACCCGUGCCCAAAAGCAGUCGCAUUCGUGCUCCGCUGGAAACGGGAGAAACCUUAACGCGACAACGAAAUCAAUUGAUGGAUCCCAAGGACAAUAAUCGCAAAGCGACGCACAAGGAAUUGAGGGAGCGUAUUAGUCUGACAGCUGGCCCAGCAGACGGUCGUCAUCAGGUUAGAGAGCGUGAUAUGAAUAUCUCCGACACGACGAGCUAUGAAUCACCCAGUUUGGAUGAAUUCACAAUGCUGAACAGCGCAUCGCCGCCGCUUAUACCCAAAGUGCAGGAAGGUGUUGGCAGUUUCGAGUCCUGGAACUAUGUGUUUAAGAAUCUCGAACGCUCUGGCUACUCAAAGGAUCUGGGAGAUCGUGAGGAUUUACUAGUGCAGAGCUUGGAUCUAGACUCACUGACAUUGGCCAAUGGCGGAACUGCAACUGCCGCCGACAAGCGACGGCCCGAGACGCACAGUCAACCGGCAAAUGUGGAAAAGUCACGAACGCUGGAGAAGAAACGUGAGACGCGUGUGGUGCAAGCGCCGCCACCGACGCCAGCUCCAAACAGCAGUCAUGCUGGUGUUAAGAAAGUUAAGUCCGCAUUGAAGACAGCCACAAUUGAUAAUCGAGCAAGUGGCUCCAAUGCCAGAACUGGAACUGGACGCACUCGGAGCAGUGGAACCGGCGCUGUGGCCAAACAACCGCCUCCCGUGUCCACGCAAUUGAUUGUAACGAGUCCAAACGAAUGGAGUUGUCGUUUCUGCACAUUUCUCAAUCCAGAUACAAAGCGCAUCUGCGAGAUGUGCUGUCGCAGCAAGGAUUUCAAUCUAGAGGCAGCGGCGAAUGUAUCGCAGCAUGCCUCAUCCACCUGCGUCUAGUACCCAAAAUUAUAUUAGUUGAUAAAACUGUACUCUACGUGAUAUGAACACAGUAUAGAGUUGGAUAUACCUGUACAUCUAUAUAUAUAUAUAAUAUGUAUUUAUUAUAUGUAUAUAGAUAUCUAUUUUUUAUACGAAAUUGUCAUUAAAACUGUGUGCAUGUUUAUAUAGAAGAUUCUCUAGUCUUAUAGUCUCUACGAUUUCACACCCCCCGACCCCUCUCUAAGACCUGCAUUUGUAUAUUCAUACAUACAUACAUACAUACAUACUACCUAAAUUGAUAUACUAUAGUUACAUAUGUUAGUAAUAGUAUUAAGUUUAGUUUUAGUCCAAGUUUCAGUUAGACUCGUGUACACAAAAUGCUUUAAUUAGAUUGUAGAUUUGUUUCCAUUUGUUGUGGGCGUCGCUUUUGUUGCAAAUGAUGUGCCUACACCUGGUAUAAGACGUAUGUAUGUAUGUGUUACUAAUUAGUUAAUAAAUGACAAAUUUAAAAAUAAUUAUAAUGAUAUAUACAUAUAUAUUUGUGUGAGGGAAUGCAUGAAAACACUUUGUAAAUUUUGUGGUUACAUUUAUAAUACUUAUAUACAUGAAUAUAUAUAUAUACAUUAUAUAUACAUAUACUGGAAAGGCAAAAGUAUAUAUUUAUUACGCAUAUAUACAUAAAUAGUUAAUAACUUUUCAUAAAAACCUUUACUACAACAUUAACUCAAUUGAAUUCAACUUGAACGCAAAGAUCGAGCUAAACCAAUGGAAAACAAAGCGUAAACAUAAAUAUAAUACAAAUUAAAAGUAGUACUGACAAACUUUUUAAACUUAUAUUUUAUUAGCAGCUCCUUAAUACAUAUAUUUAACAUAUAUAUUAUGCAAUAAGAGUGAGAGACAGCUACUAACUAAAUGCAUUCAACGUAGAUGCACACACUUUCUAAAAUGUAUAUAAGUGAUUGUAAUGCCACACGAUCCAUUCUAAAUCCUUUUUUGUUGUUUUUCCCCGCCCACCAAGCCACACACACACACAUACCCAACGCCCAACGCUAUGAAAGCAGAGAAUAAAACCUUAAUUUGUUUGUUAUUGUUGUUGCAACUUAAAUGAUGAAAUGUUAAACAAAACCCUGAAUAAAAUGAAGAAGCGAAAUAUUUUUUUAUAUCAACUUAAAAAAGAUGAACAUGAUGAAUAAAAGUACCUUUUGUUUAAA